AUGACCCGCAUUUCAUUAGCAACCAUUGUGCUGGCAUCUCUCUGUACUGCUGUGUUGGGUGCAGAAGAAUCUGCCUCUGCUGUCUCUUCUCAAAGUGAUGUCCAGGUGGAAGCCGGCUGCGAAAAGAACGUGAAAGUCAUGUCCCAAGCUGAUUUAGACGCCAUCAGGACAUGUAAAAUAUUCAAGGGUACUAUCGAUAUCGACCACAUCGCAGCUACUCAACUCAGGAUGGAAGGCGUUGAGCAAUUGAUCGGUGAUUUAGUAAUGAAUGGCAAUGUGGAUCUGGAGAAAUUCAGUGCCCCUGAAUUGCAAAAAGUCGAGGGUGCCGUCAAGAUUGAAAACCACACUAUUUUAAACAAGAUGGAAUUCCCCAAAUUAACAGAAGCAAAGACAUUCUCCAUGGCUGUGGUGCCUGCUUUGGAGGUCAUCAGCUUCCCCGCUGGCUUGACCAAGGUCAACAACAUGCGCAUUGAAGAUACCCGUGCUCCCAAGGUGGAUGGCUUUAGACCAGAGACCAUUGAAUCAUUCACAUUGCUGAGCAACAAUUACAUGAAGUCAUUUGACUUUAAUUCAGUCAAGGAGGUUACUGGCGAAAUGCUUAUUCUCGGUAACAACAAGCUCAUGACAUUUGAGGCAAAUCAAUUGGUUGCCCUCAAGAUGGCCACUUUCCUUAAUUUGGCUCAGAUUGAUAUGCCUGCAUUGACCAACGUCCAGUCUGAUCUCUCCUUCCAUGACAAUGAAUUGACUGUACUCAACCUGGACAGAGUCGAGCUCAUCGGCGGCACCAUGACCAUUGCCAAUAACAACAAACUGACCGAAACCUCCUUCAAGAAUUUGACCCGCAUCGACGGUGCCUUGUCCAUUGGCAACAACACCCAGCUGACCUCGAUUGACGGCUUCCCCAAGUUGGCUGAAAUCCAUGGUACCGUAGAUCUGGCUGGUGGAUUCAACAAAUACAACUUGCCUGUGCUUCAAGAUGUCCGUGGCGGUAUGCGUCUUCAAACAACCUCGUCUCAAUUGGGAUGCUCUGAUAUCGAACGCAAGCUCAAGGGCGAGAAUAUCGUCAAGGGAAAUGCGUGGAGCUGUACAGCCAGUAUGCAGGAGUCCAAUAUGGUGCCUACCGUAGGCCAGAAACCCUCUGUAGCCAAUAAGGCCGGUGGUGGCAGCAGUGGCGGAUCCAGUAAUGGCAAUGGAUCAGACAGCAUGCAAUCCAGCGGAAUGAGAUUGGGAGCCAAUGGUGGAUGGAUUGCCAUGGCCAUGGCUGUAGUUUACAGCCUGGUUUAA